AUGUGUAAAUUGAUGCGAAAUUAUAAGGAAUCUGGUCGAUCAACGUUAAAUACACCAAAUCGUAAUAUUGGUCAAAUUAAUCCGGAACGACGAUUAUCAACUGGUACACUUAAUCGAUUAAUUCUUGUUGCACAAGCAUUAGAAUCAGAGGUGCAAUAUCGACAACAAAUUGAUAUAAAUGUAAAACGAAUUGUUAUUACAUUACGAACGAUUAAUUUGGUAAGAAAGAAAAUUUAA